AUGCAAGAGAUUUGUCGUUUUGUCGUUUCUCCCGUUGAUUUUGACCGAGACUGGGAUGAUCUUUUUUCCACUUAUUGGGACUCCUGGAAGGACCCGCUACAGGCCACCGGGCAACUCACAUUUCCAAGAAUCGGUACAGGCGGCAAAGCGGAGGCUGCUGCGUUUACGGCUACAAAGAUAGCGUAUCUUGCAGCUGCACGUGCCGACGUCAACCAACACUGGGUAAAGUUGGAAGACGGGAGACGCAAGUCUCGGGGACUUUCAGGGAUCGUUGGGGGUGGUGCAUGGACACUACAUCGCACCAACUCGUUCGGUGCUGACCACUGCCCAUCUCGCGAGGCCACCGCAACGCAAGAGGACGUGAAGCUUCCCGGUCCCGGUUUCGAACCUGGUUCCGAGCGGCACGGCCUCAUGCAGCAGCUAUACCAGCAAAUGUGGAGUUGGCACCCCAGAAUGAUGAACAAAGCUCAUAUCUAUGGCCAGGCUCUUUGGGUACUCCCUGAAUAUCGCAAACUGGGUGCGGCAGCGGUCUUGAUGGAUUACUGGGUCAAAAUGAUGAAUGACAGUGGACUCGAGGCAUAUCUUGAAGGCUCUCAUAUGAGCACCCCCUUGUAUCAAAAAUACGGGUUCAUCCUUGUCAACUACAUUGAGUUGCAUUUCACUCGAGACAAUCCAAGUGAUGAUUGGCAUCGAUUGGUAAAAGAACUGCAAUCAGAGCCAGUCAGCAUCAUGUGGAGGCCAUCGGGAGGGAAGUAUGUGGAAGGCAAGACAAUCCCCCCCUGUACUGACCAGCCCCGCGCAAUCAAGCUAUAA